AUGUCGAGUUAUGAUGUAUUACGGGGUUAUUAUGCUUUACACGAAGAAAUCGGUGCUGGAGGUUGUUUCCUUAUACUGAUGGCUUUCUAAAUAUUUGUUUCAGGCUUUGGAAAAGUCAAACUUGCAACGCAUUUACUCACGGAUCAGAAAGUUGCCAUCAAAAUAAUUGAUAAGAAGGCGAUUGGGGUGGCGAUUCCUGACUUCAGGGCUAAAAAUUUUGAUAAUGUUCAGCGCGACCUCCCACGCGUAAAAACCGAAAUUGAUGCCCUACGUUCGUUAUCACACCAAUACAUCAGCCGUCUUUACCAGUAUAUCGAGACCGAAGAAAAGUACUUCAUAAUCCUUGAGGUAGAAAAUUCAGCUGAUUUGUUUCAAAGUUCAUUUUAUUUCAGUACUGCAGUGGCGGCGAAAUGUUCGAUUAUAUCAUCAGAAAGCGAAGACUCGAGGUAAAAAAUUAUUGCUUUUGUUUUUCAAGCUUUUGCUUAAGGAAUCCGAAGCGAGGCACUUUUUCCGGCAGUUAUUGAGCGCUAUGGCGUACAUUCAUUCACAAGGAUAUGCUCAUCGUGACUUGAAGCCGGUUUAUCGAAAAGAAAUGUAUUUUUGAGUAAUCGUAUUUUACAGGAGAACCUGCUGCUCACUGAGGAAGUUCAUUUGAAAGUGAUAGAUUUUGGAUUAUGCGCAAAGGCGGCCGGUCGCCUCGAAACUCAUCAUUUGGAGACGCUCUGUGGCUCGCCCGCCUACGCGGCUCCCGAGCUCAUUCAGGUUGGGACUUGAUGCAUUGUCAAUACAAAGCAAGAAGUUCAGGGCCAAUUGUACAAAGGAAACGAGGCCGACGUCUGGUCCAUGGGAGUUCUCUUGUACGCUCUUUUGUGCGGCCAGCUGCCCUUUGAGGACGAUAACAUGCAGUUGCUCUAUAGGAAGAUCGCGGUUUUUCAUUCCGUUUUUGAGUUUUAAAGUUAAAUAUUUAGAAAGGAAAUUAUGAAGAGCCCAAGGAGUUGACUCAGCAAAGUCGCGAUCUUCUUCGUGGAAUGUUGCAGGUCAAUCUUUUGAUAUUCUAAUUUGUCACUUGUUCCGAACCGUUAACAUUAAAAAAUAACCUACAAACUCUUAAAUAUUCUCAUUUUCAGACAAAUCCCAAGGAGCGCAUAACAAUUCAAGAGAUUUUGCAACAUCCCUGGGUCAACCACAAACACAGCCAUCAGAUCAAGUGGAACACCAUUUAUGAUGUUUGAUUUUUGAUUAUUUUGAUUGGAAAAUUGCUUCUUCUUCAAAAGCGAGAAAGUAAGACGUGGCUUUGGUUCAAGUUUGAAAAUCUCGCUCAAAGUUGAGUGUUUUAAACGUUAGGGAAAGUUAAACGGAUGAAAAGUAGCAGGUUCGUUGUGAUAAAAAAAAAUGACGUCAAUUAAUGCGUUCAGUACGCAAACGGCAAAAAUGACGCGAAUAUUUUUGCAAAAGUCUUAGGGACGCUGAAGGGAUCCCUAGCGGGGCAAUAGGAACUUCUAGGCUCUCCUCUAGGGACCAUCCUACCUUUUUUCCAAGGGGCACUAAAAUUGCAAAAGUGACCACUCUAGGGAAGCGAUUUUUAUAAACUUUAUGAGAACAGAGAUUUCCAGGCGGAAAAUAUAUUAGCGCUUUUUAAUUGACAAAAUAUCGGAUUGCUCGUUUAAAUUUUGUGAAAUACGUCUUUUUAAGUUUCGAAUCAUUAAAAAAAAAUUGAGAGGUCCCCUAUAGGGACUCCUCAACCUUCAGGAGUUUAGGCGUCACACCCGAAACAUCUAUAGGGGCCAUUUUAGUUUCACCGCUCUAGGGAGCAUUAUUUUGUUCCUAAUAGGGGCUCUUUCUUCCUCUCACCCCUUCAGGGACCAUCUGGCGUUCCUAGAAGAGUUUUCUGAAUUUUUCAAAAUGGGCCUUUUUUCUUGUAACUCUGUUUCCUAAUCGAUUUAUCACUGAUUUCAAAUGGAAAUGUUCAGAAAAAUGUAAUCGAUGAAGACGUGGCCCGAGAGAUGGCCUUUUAUCACAAAAUGUCUUUGGCGCAAAUGAUCGAGAAAGUCAAGGUUUUCAUCGCUGAAACAUCAUUAUUUCACCCGAAGAUUUGUGCUUAGGAAUGGCGCUUCGACUAUAUGACAGCGACUUAUUUCCUCCUUCUGCAGAAGAAACGCCAGGGAGCGCAUUAUGCCCUCCCGAUGCCGCCCAGGGUUGCUGGAGCAUCUACGGUAGGGUUACGGUAAUCGGAAAAUGGGUCCUAAAGCGCAAAUUUUGCAGAAUGAGUCGAACGUUUUGGCUUCUCCUACGAUCCACGCGUCCCUUGAUAAUCACCUGGACAGGUUGGUUACAAAAAUAAGAUAUCAAUUUAAAAAUUGGAUCAAUCUUCUUGGAAAAAAAAGUUCAUUGCAAUCUGUCCCUUGGAAAAUUCUUUAAAAAAAAACCUUUUCGCAGAAUUUCAUAAUUUGCUUCUAGUUGUAUUUAUAUUUUUAAAAUUUAUAUGUAGCCGGUCAUUCUCAAAAGCUUUCUUCGCAAUUUUUUUUCAAUAAGAGGAUUAGAAGCUUGAAUUUCACCGAAAUUGUUCAGAUCGGGUCUCGAAGAAGAAUUCGAAACGAGUGACGGCACCUCCACGUCUUCCGGCUCCGUCGAGCACAUUCUGAGGGACCUUCCCAAAGCGACUCGACGAGCUUCUGCCAAUGAGCACGACCGCGUUCGCUUCGCCAAGCCGAGAUCGCCUGAUCGCGAAAAAGUUGGAUUUUCGUUUGAUUUCAGCUCUUUAAUAGUUCCAAUCAUUUUUCAUUCCAGUUCAAGCUCACAAAUAAAAAGGUUGAAAAUAUUAAGAUUUAAAAAAAAGAACGACGAUGAGAGUUUCCAUUUAUAAAAUCAAAAAGAACCGAUCAUACCGUUACCACUUUUAUCUCACUUUUUUGUGAAGUCCAAACGUUCAGAAGAAUUUUGUAGAAGCUGUAACUUAAUAUAAGAAAGCUUCAAAAUCUCCAUAGACCUUCGAAAAAAAUAAUUUCACGUGAAUCGACUAAAAGACUCGUUUUCCGUUCAUUGAAGAGAUUCGUUUGCUUCGUUCAACGAAAAUUAACAAAAAACGACAGAAUGUAGUCAAGAAAUCAUGCAGAAAAAUACCUCAUUUUUCAGCAAAUCUCGUACCUGAACGCCGUGCUCAACAUGGAGUCCCACAUCACGGGAAUCUCCCCGAAAAAUCCCAAAAACCACCAGCGACUUCUCUUCGAUUCGCCUGCCGUUUCAGGUAGGAUUCUUAUGGGUCGAGAUGGAAAAUUGAUUUAUUGGUUGGAUUUUUGUUAGUGGAACAGUUUUGUUUCAAAAAGUGCACUAAAAAAUUUUUUUUAUAGUUUUUGAAAAAGGCGUAGAAUCCAAGAAAAAAAUCAUAAUUUUUUUGAAACAGAAAUUUACCCCUGCUCUUUUGAACAUACAUUUGGUUUUUAAAAGUAUCGCAAGUUUCAUUUUCGAAAAAACAACUCUAAAAAAGCGUAUUUUUUUGGUCGUAUCUUUCAUUAAUUUCGCUCCAGCAAGCUACUAUUCUCAUUUCCUAUUCCAGCUUCAAAAAUGCAAAAGGGGGCGUUUUCGUCAGAGCAGAGCUGAAGGUCUCUGAAGCGUGAUAAUAAAAAGAACCGUAUUUUACAUGUUUUUGUUUCACAGCCUUUCUGAUCGAAGUUUUUCGAAGUUUUCAUCAAUAUCAUAUUCAGGAGCGCAGACCACUUGCAAAAGUGCCAACAACACGCCUGCCCGACAGAAAACUCGGGUAUUUUUUUCAGUCGAAAUUUUUUAAAAUUACUCCGAGCUGUGAUGAUUGAGAAGCGAUCUUAACAAGUUGAUUAUAAAACUUGUCGGUGUUGAAAAAUAUACAAAACUACUUUCUGAGCUCAGUUUUCAAUCUAGCUCUCUUUUUCUUCGAAUUUAGGGGUAUUAGAUCAUUUAUUUCAGGAUGGAGAAGUGGUCCCAGAAAAAGAGAAUCGCUACUACCGCCCUGGCGCCGCCAGCGUUCGUGGACCUCUGAAAGUUUAUGGUUUAGUUUUUUUCUUGUUUUGUUUUUUGGAGGGGAAAAUGGAACUUCCGAAGCAAUUUUAGUAUUUUUAAUCACGAGGAUAAAACUUGAUUCAAUGAAAUCUCAUGGCUUUUACGUGUUUUUUAAGCCCUGUUUAUAGUAUUUUUUGCGAAGCUCAAAAAAAUCUCUGAUCUUCGAAAUUCAAUUGGCUUUCGUUUUCUCUGAGGGGUUUUUUAAAGAAUCAAGCUGAUUUAUUUGGACACGGCGUAAGAUUAUCUCUUUCUUUCUGAAAACCUGACUUUUUAUCACAAGCUUCAGGGAUAGUAUAUGAAUUGUAUUGGGUAGAAGAAGUUGGUAUGAUAAAUUGAUAGCGAGCCGAAGAAUUUUAACCACCUGUCUAUGGAAUUCGAAUCAGUUUGUGAGAGUUAUUUUUGGUGUUAGUAUAUUCUUUCAAUCCCUCAAGCUCUUGAAUUUUUCGAAACGAACUUUGGUCCUAAGUCUGUCUUUCAUUGGAACAUUUUCUGAACUCACUCUGAUCUGUGAUCAUUAAAAUCUGAACGAGGUUAUUAUAUUCACUGAGGAAUUUUUUGAAGUAAACAGUUUUGUGAGCUCUGAGAAAUUUCAAAUGUCUUCGAUUCAGCCGAAGACACUGGAACCUGCCGUACCAUCUACGCGACGCCGUGCCGCCCGCCGCUGCGUGGACUGUUCAGUCCCCAGAAGGCGGAGGCGGUCCCUCGUCAGCGAGCGCGCUCCUCGGAUCGCGGCACCCAGAAGACGGUCGCGAGCGUCGCCGUCGGUUCCCCUGCGUCGAUCGGAAGCGGCAGCAACUGCGACGGCCGGACGCCGCGGAGCAGCACCAAGACACCGCGACUCCGUCAGCGCGUCUUCACGUCGCUGGAACGCAAGGCCGAGCGAAUGAUCAACCUCCUGACGCCCCGGAAAAUGAAGACCGACUCGCCGCAGGUCAUCCGAUCCACCAAGGUUUGUAGAGUUUCUCGGACUAGCAAGGGUUUCUUGUUGGACUUCAGCAUUGAUUAGUUUUCAUUCUUUUUUCCUAGCAUGAUUUUUUUCUGUUAAUUUUAUAGAAGCCCUUUGAAGGUCACUAAAAUUCAGAUCUGAGAAUACAAAUUAACAAAUUAUCUUGUAAAUAAAAGAAAAAUGUUAUAAUACUAGUUUAGAGCUUGUAACGGACUGUGUUAUUUAGUCACUUUUUAUUAUUUUUUAACCCUUUGAAAUCAAGAAGAACUUUUCACUUACCAUCAGAAUAUGGUGAACGUCUCGGUGACGUCAUCUUCAUCCCCUAAACGCGUCCGACAGGAGCUCGUCAACGUCUUCGAGCAGCAGAACAUGUCGUUCGAGCUCAAGGGCUGGAAAAUAUCCGGGCAGAAGAAGGACGCGACCGGCUCGAUGACCGUCGAACUAGAAGUCGUCUUCCUCGAAAACUGCAACACGGUUGGUCCCAAGUAUUACGAGAAAAAAGAUAAUUUUUUAUUGCUUUCGGUACUUUCCUUGCUCAAAUUUUUUGAAUAAUUUUGAAUCUCACUCCGUUUCUUCUUUUCCCUACUCUACUCAGUUUUUUUGAAGACCGAAAAAAAGGCCCUACUUUUUCUUCAAAUGCGGAAAAAAAAGGAAAAAUUCUUUCUCACGAUUCAAAAAACAGCCAUUAAGACACGAUAAAAAGGUUGAAAAAAAAAAUUGUUUUUUGAUCCCGUUAUUUGUUUCAUCUCCUGCCGGCCACAGUUAAUUCUAUUUAAAUUUUGAUUUUAUUUUUCUCUCUCUCUCUCUCCCUGUGCUAUUCUUUGAAAUCCUUAUUUUUGUCCAAAAAUAUUUUUUUCAGUUUUUGUAGCCUUUUUCAACAUGUUCUACUUGCCACCAAACUCAACAAUACUCACCAGAAUUUUCACCUUCAGGUGGGAAUCAAGCGCAAAAGACUCAACGGCGACGCGUUCUUGUACAAAAAGGUCUGCGAGAAAGUUCUGCAGAUGGCGGACCUCAAAACCACCUGA